AAAGGAGCUGGGAAAGAGACUGUUGUCCCCUUGGGAGAGAGGAGGGGGAAGCUCUACACAGACGGCCCCCCGUCCAAUCCCAUCCCCAAGUAGGGGUCGUGGCGAUGAUGCUCUGAGCAAGUAGGCAGCCCCUGGGUGGGCAGCCUAGCCUGUCCUGCGGGUAUAAAGAGCCCCGGCCUGGCCUGCCCUGCUCCCAGAUCCCGGGCGCCUGGCGCGCCCUCAGCUCCAAGGAUGGACGAGUUGAUGGACGGCUGCCAGUUCUCUCCAUCCUCAGCCGUCUUCUUCUACGACAGCUCUUCCUGCAUCCCUUCCCCCGAGGAGGAACUGGUGGAAGAGGACUUCGCGCAGCGGGUGGCAGCUUCCUCCUCCUCGUCGUCCUCGUCUUCUUCCUUCGGAGCGCACCCGGCAGAUCUGCCCGGGGGAUCCGACGGCGAGGAGCACGUCCGGGCGCCCACGGGCCACCACCAAGCCGGCCACUGCCUGCUGUGGGCUUGCAAAGCCUGCAAGAAGAAGUCGAGCACGGUGGACCGGAGGAAGGCGGCCACCCUGCGGGAGAGGCGGAGGCUGAAGAAAGUCAACCAAGCCUUCGAGGCUCUCAAGAGGUGCACCACGGCCAACCCCAGCCAGCGGCUGCCCAAGGUGGAGAUCCUGAGGAACGCCAUCCGUUACAUCGAGAGCCUCCAGGAGCUGCUGAGGGAGCAAGUGCACCACUACUACCGCUUGCCCGGCGGACAAAGUUGCUCCGAGCCCAACAGCCCCACCUCCAGCUGCUCCGACGGCCUGGCUGAAUGCAACAUACCGAUGUGGUCCAGAAGAAACGUCGCUCAUGACAACGUCUAUUGCUCUGAUCUCCAAAAUGUCUAUCCGUCUGAAGUGAGCACAGCCCUCUCCAGUCUGGAUUGUUUAUCCAGCAUAGUGGAUAGAAUCUCUUCCUCGGACCAGGCGGGCCUCUCUCUGCAGGACUCCACUUUGCUGCAGGAUUCUCCUGGUGCCAGCCCUGAGUCACAGCCAGGCACUCCGGAGACCCCUCAUCCCAAGCUCAUCUAUCAUGUACUAUGAGCUGGCUGAGAUUUGAGACCAGCUCCGGCCACGUUCGGACAUUGCUGAGAACUCCCAACAGCAACGAGAAGGAGGCUCUCCAUUGAAAUCCGAGGCCCUUGGAAUUCCACUGGACCAAAAAUAUGUAUAUAGAGGAGACGUCACUUUAAUAUGUGUACAUUUGUGAAUAUAUUUGCCCCGUCUUCCUUUCUACAAGGGGAAUGACAUUAUAUUUAACCAAGACAUCUAUAUUUUAAUAUUAUAUAAUUCUAUGUUGGGUUUUUAAACCGUGCUAUGUUAAAACCCUAGUUAUUGUCAAGAAUGGACAUGCAGGCAGAGCUGGCUCACACAUAAAAACACUUCAUGUUUUGAGAUGCCCAAAAUGACAGAUAGAAUUUAAGUUAUAUUUUCAUAUGUGUAUUUUUCCCAACUGAGGAGAAAAGCAACACCGACAUGCUGUUUUUAUGAGAUGAGCUGAAAAUUCUUAGAAGACAUUUUUCUGAGACAGGUUCUGAGGUUAUCUUUUUCUUGUGGGAUGAGAGAAAGAUGGCCACUUUGUAGACUUUUAUUUGAAUAUGUUCUACCAUUUUUGUGUGUGGAAACCAUCAUUUCGCCCUCUUCCAUGACCUGGAACAACUUCAGGUCUGUGUGGAGGAUGCAGAAUGGUGGCCAGGCUUCCAACAAAGUGCUGGCUGCUUUCAUUUGCAGCAGGGGGAGAGGAUGGAGAGAAACUUUAGAGAAAAGGAAUGAAGAUAUUUCCAUGGCUAAGGGUCAGCUCCAUUCCUAAGAAAAUUUUGGAUAAUUUCUCCUCCCUCGUAGAAAUUUUGCUGAAAUACCACUCCCGUUUUUCUGCCCACAAAUAAAGUGGAGAAUUCUGAGAGGCAGUUUUCACACACCUCUGCUUUUUAUAGCAAGUAAACAGCCUUAACCAGGUAGGGUGAGGCAGUUUGCCUCCGAAAAGGAGCAAAUUGUCAUUAUAUUUUGUCCAGUAGGGGAGCCAUUGGACACUGAUGUUCCUGCCUCUAGGGUUUUGCACUGCCUCUGCCUUUACUGCCAUGGCGGUAUCAUUUUACACAGAAGCCUUUAGAAAUCAAAUAGCACCCCCAAAACAGUUUUUGAUGCUCUAUUUUACUAUUUCCAGUCAAGAGGCCCUCUCCAACGGAGAGGAGCACUUAAAUGUUUUGGUGGGCUUUCUUCAAACUAAAUCGGUGCUUGAAAAACUGGAAUGCAAAUCCAAUUCUGGUUUUAUUUUUUUAUAGCCAUGCUUUCAAUGGUAAUAAAAAAGCCUUGUGGAUUUUUUUUUGGGGGGGGGGUUAGGCAAGAAAUCUCUGUUUCAGUUCAUUGUAUGUAAAAGAGAGUCUUGGUACAGUUUUGGAUUAUGGAGCAGCUCUUCAAUAUGAUGUACUUAAAGAAAAAAAAGCAGGAAGGCUCAAGCGUAACAUUUAAAAGCACUUUUGAUCUCCAUGAAACUCAAUCAUGCAGUUUUAUGAAAGGAAAGAGUUCUGCAAAGGGCAAAGCACACUAAGGUUUAUGGUGGUUAGCAAUUCUUCAGAGACCAGCUGAGCUAGCCAGUACUAAAAGCCAGAUAGUUCGUAGUGUGCAAAAUAUCACAAUGGAAAACUUCUCAAUUUAUAUGUAACGUAACCCUGUUAUUUCCCCCCUGCCUUGGACAUCGGGGUGGGCAGGGGAGCAUAUGGUGAUGCCAGCAUAGACGUUCCGAUCUGAUCCUUUUCAGUGCUUCUGCUGCCUCUAUAAACUGUAAAUUUUGUAAA